AGCACAAGAAAUCCUAAUGAACGUGACUGGGAGAAUGUUUUGCACAAGGAUUUUGGCUGGAAAGAAGAAGACGGGCCAGGAGAGAAAUUAAACUACUCAGUAAGCUUGAGCUAUGAUGAUUUAUCUCCAGAGUUGAAGCAAUGCUUUCUCUACUACUCACUUCUCCCAAAGGGUUCAGGUUUUAAGAAGAACAGAAUUAUUAGCAUGUGGAUCUGUGAAGGGUUUGUUCAGCACGAUGGGAGGUCGGAGUCAGAUCAGGUCGAUCUAGAACAAAUAGGGGAUGAUUAUCAUCGAGAGUUGGUGGCUAGGAAUCUUUUGGAGCCCGAUGAUUCAAAUAAUAACAUAUGGGAGUACACCUUGCAUGAUGUUGUCCGCUCGUUUGCUCAAUUUAUGGCUAAAGAAGAAGUGUUAGUGGUUCACAAGGAUCAAGUUGACAUUAGAAAUCUUCUUUCAGAAAACAAAAAUCUCUGCCGUCUCUCAAUAAAAUCAACUCAUUCAGAACUAGAGUGGACUAUCCUAGAGAAGCAAGAAAGAUUGAGGACAUUAUUAUUGGUAGACUGUAAGAUUAAACCUGGUGGUUCAUUGGCAAAUUUUGCUAGUCUAAGGGUACUGCAUAUUAGCUCUGAGGAAUCUGAUUGGUUAGUAGACACUUUGUGUAAUUUGAAACACCUAAGAUACUUGUCAUUCUCCAAUACAAACAUAUCUAGACUUCCAGAUGACAUCCAUACGAUGAGGUUCCUUCAACACAUUCAGCUCUGGAGAUGUACAAAGUUGGACAAGCUUCCAGACAGCAUCACAAAACUAGCGUUUUUAAGAUGUCUUGACUUACGUUGGUCCAGUGUAGAUGUUAUACCAAGAGGAUUUGGUGGUUUAACAGGUUUGAGAUCCCUUUAUGGGUUUCCAGUAAAGAUGGAUGGGGAGUGGUGCAGUUUAGAAGAGUUGGAGGCUCUUUCACAUCUUAGAAGUCUUGGAGUCCAAAGUCUAGAAAAUGUGCCUGGUAGUACAGUUGCUAAAAGUGCCCAGAUCAGCAACAAGAAGAGCCUAGAAUUUUUGGAGUUAAGUUGCUACAAGGAUGAGAAAGAGGAGGAAGAUCAAGUGCACCAAAUUGGGGUGGAGCAACAAGAGAGAAUAGAGUCUGUAUUUCAUGAGCUCUGCCCUUCACCUGCUAGAUUGGAGACACUGAGAAUACAAAGAUAUUUUGGUCGUCGACUACCAAAUUGGUUGCAGUCCCCAGCGGCAACAACCUUUAAGAGCUUGAAGCAUAUUGUCCUAGAGCACAUAACCUGCUGCACCCGACUACCCGAUGGUUUGUGCAGGAUGCGCAGUUUGGAAACACUAUGGAUCGGGCAUGCUCCAGCCGUCGAGCAUGUCGGGCCUGAGUUCCAGACCCAUGAUGCAGCAAGGGGAGAUGGAGGUGUCGCAUUCUCAAGUCUGAGAGAAUUGAUGUUGAGUGGGCUGUCCGGAUUGAAUGUGUGGGACUGGGAGGAUGAGGAGGAGCAGAACAAAGUCAUAGCCAUGCCAGCUCUAGAGCUUCUAGGAAUCGUGGACUGCAAGCUGACACACCUUCCCCCAGGACUUGCUAGUGACCGCAGGUAUAAUCUGAGAACCAUUGUGCUAGAUAAUCUCACGCUUCUAGAAUAUGUGGAGAACUUCCCUUCAGUUGUGGAGCUCAGAGUGUACCACUGCCCUGAGCUGAAGAGGAUGAGCGGCCUCGCCAAGCUGCGGACGGUCGACAUCUACGAUUGCCCGAAGCUGAAGCUGCUGGAGGGUGUCCCGGUGCUGGACAGCCUUGAGCUGGAUGAGGAACACUGGGAGGUUAGUGGACCAGAUGCCAGGUGCACACGCAAGGGCAAGGGGUAUCAAGCUGGACGGCUCCCACAAGAACUUGUCAUAAGUCAUAACCAGGUAACUGAUGUGGGUCCCAUCUAUUAGCUCUAUCUUCCUCCUCCUAAGACAUGGAGUUGCAUGGGUGCUCUGAAUCUCAAGACAUGGACAGACGUCGACGGUUGGUUGCAGCUGGCAAUUAACUCUCAAGACAUUGUGUUGGAUUGGGAUUUGGGAAUACCCAAGGCAAAAGGAUAUCAAGUUCAAGCCGACGGCACCUUGUUAUAAGCAGGAAGGUAGUUGUGAACUCUCUGACGAUAUGAACAAUUUCGGCUGUAAUGAUCAGGUGCCAUCGGCCGUCUCUAUGCAUGCUCAAGUAAUAAAGAUAUAUACUCCUAUGUAAUAGGAGAGUAUUCCUAUAUUUGUUGAUUGUUUGAUCACGACUAUAGUAUGGCUUCUUAUACCUGGUUCAAUAUACUUAUUUGCUUGUUCAGGCUCAGUCUUGACUACUA